AUGCUGUUGCUGGGAGCUGUUCUACUGCUAUUAGCUCUGCCCAGUCAUGGCCAGGAUACCACGACUCAAGGGCCCGGAGUCCUGCUUCCUCUGCCCAAGGGGGCCUGCACAGGUUGGAUGGCAGGCAUCCCAGGGCAUCCAGGCCAUAAUGGGGCCCCAGGCCGUGAUGGCAGAGAUGGCAUCUCUGGCGAGAAGGGUGAGAAAGGAGAUCCAGGUCUUAUUGGUCCUAAGGGAGACAUUGGUGAAACUGGAGUACCCGGGGCUGAAGGUCCCCGAGGCUUUCCGGGAAUCCAAGGCAGGAAAGGAGAACCUGGAGAAGGUGCCUAUGUAUACCGCUCAGCAUUCAGUGUGGGAUUGGAAACUUACGUUACUGUCCCCAACAUGCCCAUUCGCUUUACCAAGAUCUUCUACAAUCAACAAAACCACUAUGAUGGCUCCACUGGUAAAUUCCACUGCAACAUUCCUGGGCUGUACUACUUUGCCUACCACAUCACAGUCUAUAUGAAGGAUGUGAAGGUCAGCCUCUUCAAGAAGGACAAGGCUAUGCUCUUCACCUAUGAUCAGUACCAGGAAAAUAAUGUGGACCAGGCUUCCGGCUCUGUGCUCCUGCAUCUGGAGGUGGGCGACCAAGUCUGGCUCCAGGUGUAUGGGGAAGGAGAGCGUAAUGGACUCUAUGCUGAUAAUGACAAUGACUCCACCUUCACAGGCUUUCUUCUCUACCAUGACACCAAUUGA